AUGACUUCAUUCCCACCCCCACCAAGUGAAGAUGGCUGCGAAACGGCCAAUCGAACAACAAUCGACGUGGAAAUACUAGGAAGGAAAAGGCCAGAAAUGUUCAAAACAAGGGCAGCUGAGCUUGGAUUCUGCUUUUCCCUGCUCGCAUCUAUGAUGAUGGAAUAUACUAACAGCAUGCAGGAAUACUUCAUCAGCGGAUUCAACAUCAUUCUCCCAUCACUUGCAACAGCACUUGACAUCCCACCCGACUCCCAAACAUGGCCAGCAAGUGUAUUCUCCCUUGUCACAGGAGCCUUCCUCCUACCGUUCGGUCGAGCCGCAGAUAUCUAUGGCGGAGGCAUCGUGUUCGUAUGCGGGCUGCUCUGGUACACGAUCUGGUCCUUGAUAGGUGGUUUCAGCCAGAACUAUCUCAUGCUCAAUUUCUGCCGGUCACUGCAAGGAUUUGGACCUGCGGCGUUCCUCCCAUCAGGUGUGAUGCUCUUGGGUAGUAUCUACCGACCAGGACCGCGAAAGAACCUGGUAUUCAGCCUUUACGGCGCUUGUUCACCGAUGGGAUUCUUCUUGGGUAUCUUUCUGUCGGGGCUGAGUGGGCAGUAUCUUCCAUGGAACUGGGACUUUUAUAUCGGUACUAUUCUUCUGGCCAUUGUGACUGUUAUCGCAUUCUUUACUGUUCCACUGGGGAGAUAUGCUACGAAGUCGGAUACAAAGCAUGGGACGGCCAAGAUGGAUUGGCUGGGUUUUAUCACGAUCGUGCCGGGGCUCAUACUUGUGGUCUUUGGUAUAACAGACAGUUCUCAUGCUCCCAAUGGUUGGGCAACACCAUACAUCUAUAUCACAUUCAUCAUUGGAGGUCUGCUGCUGUGCACUGCGUUCUACAUCGAAGGCUGGGUUGCAGAACAACCAUUGUUGCCAUUCGAUCUGUUUGCGUCAAAGUAUAUGAAACCACUUUGCGUAUCACUCUUCUUCUCAUACGGGGUGUUUGGGAUAUACCUCUUCUAUGCAAGCUUUUACAUCGAAACCAUCGUAGGCGCAACCCCCCUCCUUACAACAGCCUGGUUCGCGCCCAUGGCAAUCGGAGGCCUCGUCCUCGCUACAGUGGGAGGCUUCACACUUCAUCAUCUAUCAGGGACUCUCCUGCUAGCAUUCUCAACCAUGGGAUAUCUCAUUAGUGCACUUCUUUUCGCCCUCAUGCCUGCCCAGCCAAACUUCUGGGCCUGGGUAUUCCCUGCCAUGGUAUGUGCCACGAUUGGCAUUGAUAUCUCUUACAGUGUGAGCAAUGUGUUCAUUACUACCAGCCUGCCAAGCCACCAGCAGGGAACAGCGGGCGGUUUGGUCAAUUGUCUGGUCUUUGUUGGUAUUAGCUUCUUCCUUGGUUUUGCUGAUUUUGCGGCCUCGAGCACCAAGCACCUGGGUGUGAAAGAAAGCUAUCAGGUGGCCUUCUGGUUUGCGGUUGGAAUUGCUGGUUUUGCACUUGUGCUUAUUGUUUUUGGAAUCAGGAUCGACAAGGCUAAAAGUGAUCUGACGGUUGAUGAGAAGCGAGAACUCCACAAGGAAGCUUUAAGAUCGUCCGAUAUAGUAUAG